AUGUUACUAUGUUUCUGUGUGCUGAGGAUAUUCAAAGAGUCUGACGCGCCUUUGUCUUCUAAUACUGCCGCUAUAUUUUAUGCCUGCAACGGUUUAAUAACAAUACAGUUUCUCAACGUCGCUAAGAAAUGGACAAGACUUUGUCGCCACAUCGCCAAAAUAGAGGCCAUUGACCCUAGUGAUGACAACACAGUUGUGAAGAAGUGUAAUAUAUCGUGCAUUGUUAUUCUGAUUUUGGGCGCUGUGGAACAUGGUCUGUCAGACUUAUCUGCAAGUUUGCAAGCGGUUGCCUGCCACCCAGAGAGGAAAGCAUUCGAUGCAUAUUUGAUGCAAAACUUCUCUUGGGUUUGGGCUUUCAUCCCUUACAACUCAUUCUUGGGUGUGAUAUUGAAGUCAGUACCCUCUUCAUUCUGGCGUACCAUGAGAGAGGAUUACACUAAAGCCACUAAUUUAGUGAGACAGGUCGAUGAUGUCGUCAGUGGUAUAAUUUUUGUAUCCUUUGCUAGCAACUUGUUUUCUAUCUGCUUUCUACUGCUUCAUACAUUGGAGCCCCUCAACGGCUAUGAACAUGCAAGCUACUUCAUGUUCUCCAUAGUAUUCCUGAUAAUAAGAUCUCUCGCUGUUUCCUUGAUAGCUGCUCGUGUGAAUUCUGCUAGCUGCGAAACGGCAUACGCCUUGUACGAAGUUCCUUCGGCUAGUUACUGCGUUGAGGUCCAGAGAUUCAUAGACCAAAUUCAUGGAGAUACCGUGGGGCUUAGUGGCCUGCAGUUCUUCAGUGUAAAGCGGGGAAUGGUCCUAACUAUUGCAGCGACCAUCGUCACUUAUGAGCUUGUUCUUAUACAAUUCACUGGAGUUACUCCAUGA